AUGGCUUCCCUGGGUCAUCGUACCAAGAUUGAAGAAGAACCGGGUUGCUCCUACCGCUCUCUCUCCCCCAAGACACGCGCCCUCUUCGGCCUCGGCGUCAUGACCUGGGCCUCCGUCGGACUCUGGUUCUCGCCGCAGGUCGAAGGCGCAAUGGGCAUGGUUCCCACGGCCGAGGAACAACAGGAGCUGGAGCGGAAAUUGGCGGUGCGGGUGUCGCGGGUUGAGAAGGGGGGGAAUUGA